AGAGAAGUGCGCCCGCCCAGCUCUCUGCCAAGGCUACAGACGCGCCUGAACCGGUCUCCUAGGAUGCAGGGACGCAGAGCAGUUCUGAUGGCAGAAACAGCAGGGGACCGGUAGGUGGGGCCAGCGGAGCUUGGGCCUCGGCCAAGGGUCUAUCUCCUUUUCCCCAGAAGUGAGAGGGGUCCACGGCCGGCCGCCGCGCAGCGGCCUGUUGUCAAGGCAACCUACAGACGCAGAUCUGAGUUGGCCAGAGCCUUUGCUGAGAGCUGUCUCUUUUUUGGCUCUUCCGCUCUGAAAAGGCCUCAAAGGAGUUCUCUCGGUGGAAUUGCUUCAGUUUAUACCUUUUCCAGCUCUCCCAUCGUGGACUUACUCUUACCCUGGAUUGGUUGGGUCACUUCAGGGAGGUAAGAAGAGCUAAUUACAGUGAAGAAUGAUGACUGUCAUACCUGGGGAAAGGAACAAGGAGACCAUGGACAUUUAAGGGAAUAAAUUUUGUUGUUUUUAUUAUUUUUACGUAAGUAUACUGCUUGGUAAAUAUAUGAACUGCAAUGGACUUGGAGGUUAAAGGAGUUGCUGCUUCUCCUACAACUCAAACUCAGCCAUUCUCUGGAAGAAGGAAGCCACUACAACAAAGAUGGACCUCCAAAUCACGUGCUAUGGAGGAUCCUUGCCUACCUGUGGUCCCACAACUUGAUCUGGGAAGCCUUGUUGACUCUGACGAUGAGGACAUAAUACCUGAAAAUUUGCUAGCACCAACAGAAAAAUAUAAAGUAAAACAUCAGCAAUACAAAAUUGAAAUGAAAGGGGGAUACAAACAACACAGUCAGAGAAAUGCAGAAAAGGCAAAGUCAAGUAUCACACAUCAACAGUCUCCAAGAAACAAGACAGAUGACAAGUGUGUACAAGGUGCAGAAGCCAUCCCAGAUGAUCUGACAACUUUGGACAGGAAAGCCCUCCUACAGCAGGGUUAUGCAGACAACCCUCACAUCCUCCAACGGAGCACAGGAAAAUCUGAUGCUGAAUUUGUGGCUGCAGAGAGGAAGAAACAGAUGGUUGCAGAGCAAGUGAUGAUAGACCACUUAUCCAGGGCUGUAAUCAGUGAUCCAGAGCAAAAUUUAACCUCUGAGAAGCAAGAAAUUGCUCAUAUCCUUCCAGAUUCAAAGCUGGCACCUAUUCGAUUUAGGAAAAGAACACUACAUGAAACGAAGAUAAGGACCCAGUCUACAUUAACUGAAAAUAUCCUUUCUCAUAAAGUGCAGUUUGAUGGUAGGAUCAUAUCAAGAAAUGGACGUGAUGCUUGCAGAGAGCUUGUCGGAUUCUUUUUCAUUCAUGACCAGUCCCUUACAAUUUAUGAGUAUCGGCAAUUUGGGAAAAACAGAACAAAUGUGCUUCCUUUUAUUCAAAAAAACAUUUAUUGUCAUCAGCGUGGACGAAGAAAAGGAAAGCAGUACCGACUUGGUGAUCUUUAUAUUGGCGCAAACUUGACAUUUUUGAGCUCUGAUCAUCCCAGACUUCCAGAAAGUGUAAAAGAAAACACAGUGCUUACACUUCGAAUCACAGAUAUUGACUGGAGAGCUUUGGAUUCUCUCAAAACUGAUUCUGUGGAACAUGAUGAUGUAACCAAUGAAGAAGCUAAUGAUAGGAUGAUUUUCAAGGCAAUUCAAGACAUGCUGAAAGAGCAACUACAUAAAAGAGGUGUUCGUAUUUUGACUGGAUUGGGAAAAUACCUUCAACAACUGGACAAAGAAGGAAAUGGACUUUUAGAUAAGGCAGAUUUUAAGCAAGCUCUAAAAUUAUUUCGCUUAGAAGUGUCUGAAAAUGAUUUUGAGUCUUUGUGGCUAAUUCUAAAUAGCAGUGGCAAUGGCAACGGCGAUGGCAGGGCUGAUUACGGAGAAUUCAAACGUGCCAUAAUCGGUGAAAUGAAUGAAUAUAGGAAGUCAUUUGUUCGAAAGGCCUUUAUGAAACUGGAUUUUAACAAAACAGGCAGUGUGUCUCUUAUAGACAUAAGAAAAUGUUAUUGUGCAAAGAAGCAUCCUCAAGUAAUUUCAGGACACUCCACAGAGGAAGAAAUCAAAUCAUCUUUUCUAGAGACAUUAAAAGAUGCCUGCAACAAGUCUGAUGAGGUGUCAUAUGGUGAAUUUGAAGAUUACUAUGAAGGUCUAAGUAUAGGGAUAGUAGAUGAUGAAGAUUUUGUUAAUAUCAUAUGUACUCCAUGGGGGAUUUAGUUUUUUUUUUUUAAUGAACAUGUCACCAGCACUAAGUGUGGAGAGAUGAAUGUGAAGUAUCAAA